CGUCACUAUAUAACGUCACCGAUAUCUUAUCACAACUCACUUCAUUCGUUGUUCAGUCGGGCCACUUAUCAAUCUCAUGAAACAUUGCUCCAUUGAAUGAAUAUGAUGAAGUUGAAUACAUGCAUCGUGGUAGCAGUUCUGGUCGUAAUGACAUUAUCUGCUGAUGCGUGGUGGAGAAGACCAAGGGUAAAAGCUUGUUCCUCGAGACCGUGUAAAAAUGGUGGUGAUUGUAAAAAUGUUGGAUCAUCUUACAAAUGUAAAUGUAAAUCUGGUUUCAGCGGUCGAAAUUGUCAAGUAUUAAGAAAACCUCAGACUUGCCAGAAUGCUAACUGGUGGAAAUCUUUUAACAAAGAAGGCUGGUCAACUUGUGAUUCCAACAACAAAUUUAUAACUGGUUUUUGGCGCAACAGGCGUAGAAAGUUCAGAAGGUUUGGAAGGGUUAAAUGGUUUGGAAAGGAUGGCAUUUACAGACUUGAAGAAGCUAAGUGCUGCUUGUCAAGUAAAACGUAUAGAGGACAGAGUAGCAAAUGUCAAAAUGCCAACUGGUGGGACACUUUUGAUAAACCUGGGACUUGGAGUGUUUGUCCCAAUGGGUAUUUUCUAAAUGGUCUCUAUCGUACCAAAGGCCAAAGAUUACACAAUAUUGAGGAAGGAAAAUGUUGCAAACCAGUCAAUCAUCCAGACAGGUAUGGUCAUUGUUACAAUGAAAACAUCAUACGCAGGUUUAACAGGAAAGGGUGGACAACGUGUAGAAAACGUGGUUACUACGUCACUGGGUUUUAUCGAGAUCUUCAUGGGAACUGGCUACACAAUAUUGACUACUUAAAAUGUUGCAAAAUGUUUGCAGGGGUAAAAGCUUGUUCUUCGAAACCGUGUAAAAAUGGUGGUGAUUGUAAAAAUGUUGGAUCAUCUUACAAAUGUAAAUGUAAAUCUGGUUUUACUGGAACGAACUGUGAAGUUGGAGUUUGUGAUCAUUCUCCUUGCCAAAAUGGUGGUUCGUGUAUUGUUGUUGGUAGUUCAUACAAGUGUACAUGCCUUCCAGACUUCAUUGGUGUUCACUGUGAAACAAAGAUUCCAAAUCCUUGUGAGCCAAAUCCAUGUAAAAAUGGUGGACAAUGCAACAUUUUGGGCAACAGCUACACAUGUAAAUGCAAACCUGCUUUUGGCGGAAACAACUGCGAAUAUUCACAAUCAACAUGCGUUGCAUCUGGA